AUGGAGUGUGCGAUACAUGAGUCGAAAUGGCAUUUAUGGACACGAGUUGGACACCAGCUGUGCGUCCAAUGCAGUCAACACAAGUGGUCGUCUCCUCUCGAGAAUCACUUUACGCGCAGAAAACUUGUGGAAGAGUUGGAGAACGCGCUGAGGAAUGGAUCCGUUUGGGUGACCACUCAUCUCACUUCACACCACUUCGGCGUCGAUGAAAGGCUCGCAUUCGUCGUAUCCAUCGCUCAACUGGUCUUCGAUGCGGACACUAAUGUCCAAAAGUGUGCCAAUAAUUGUCUGAAACUAAUAUUAUCUCAACUCAACGACAACUCAAUCGUGGAUUUGGUCACCGAUUAUAUCAUUGAAGAGUUGACUUCCGAUGACAAACCUUUGAGCGAAUGGUCACUGGAUUUGGUGUCACAUUGUCUGCCAUUCUGUACCACUGAUGGCAUACGAGACCAUCGGAUCACUGAUAGGAUGUCUAAUGUGUUGGAAGCUCUUCGCGAAGAGUAUCCCAAACACGACAGUCGACUGAAACGAGUGGUACUGAAGCUGUUCAUCACGAUCUACGACACGUUGGGAGCGAACCAAUUGUUUCGUUUGGACCAACGAUUCCACGCCAAGACAUUUCACAUGGUUUUGAUAGCUUUCGAACCGCAAAGCAUCGGUUCCGACGAUAACGAUAUCCUCUAUAAUUCAACGCAAUUACUGAAGAAAGUAUCGACCAUUGAAUCGGUUCUCCAACUUCUUGUCACGAAUCAAAAUCUAUUGAAAUAUUUGCACAUUUUGUUGGCCAACGAAUGCGAAGAACUCAGAGUUUAUGUAUUGGUUUGGAUUUGCGAUCUCUUGGAGAACGAGUCGAUUCAGAAGCGAUUCGCUAAUAUUCUGCUCAACGAUAAAAUGGAUUCAUUUAUUGAGAUGUUGUUGUCGUCGGACAACCCUUUUAUCUCUAAUCAUUUACUGAAUUGCGUUAACUUAAUCCUAACCAACAUCGGUCGACCCGUUGGUGCGACAAGAGUUAGCCCGUUAUCUAAUGCUGUGAUUAAAGCCCUCGAGAUUUCUGUUGUUUGUAAAGACAGUAAUUUAUUCAUCAAUGGAUUGGCGGCGUUGAGACAAUUAAUGCAAAGAAACCCAAGCGUUGAAUUGUUUUCUGAAUUUGAGUUUUUCGCACUCAUCGAUAUGUUGGAGAUCUUUAUAUCCAAUUUCGAUCUCUUUUUAUAUGUCGUAAAGUUUUUGUCUGAUUUUCUAAACAUAUCAGUCAUUCCGACACUAAUUCCGACUGAAAAAAUGAAAGCAAUUCUGACAAAAGUGUUGCAAAACGUUUCAUUUGACUCGACUGGCGCUGAAGAAGAAGACAUCGAUGAGUCUAUUAGACGAACGACAUGUGCUGUCGAACUAAUCAAAUCGUAUCUUAAUUUAGUCAAUGAUAUAAAAAACAGAGAAUUGAAUCUCAAAGAGUCGAAAGACAAUAGUAUUUAUCUAUUGAACGGCGAAAUGAAGCCUCAAUUGAAUGAAAUGGAUUUGUGCGAUGAAAAUGAAUCGCAAACUUUCGAUUUGGCCAAAGCUUGCAAAGAGACCGAAAUAUAUGAGUUUUUGUCAUUCUGUUUGACAACAAUCGAGAAUAUAUUUGAAUUGUCUUUAGAGCGACUCAUUAAAGACGAAAACUCGCAACAAAAUGCCAUUCUCUUUGAGACACUCAUGUCAUGCCUUAUCAUUAUAUUAGACACUGAUUUGCAUACAACCGAAUCGAUCAAUGCAUUAGUGAAGCGAACAUUUUCCAACGGACACGUGUUAACACUCAUUCAAAUUGUGUCAAUUUGUGAGUUUCCCUUCAAUACACCACAAUUUAAGCAACAAUCGGUUAUUCUGUUGUCGUAUUUUCUGUUCAAAAUUCUUGAGAACGACCACAAGAAUGAGAUUUAUUUCCAAACCGACCAAACCUUUGACAGGAGUUAUUUUGAAAGCGGAUUCAAUCAAAUUAACAACAAUCUAAUAUUUCGAUUGACCAGAAAUGCGUUGCCUUACGAUAGCAACGAUUCUGUGCACCAGUUUUACAGAACUUUUUUCGCCGCACAUUAUUAUAGCCUUAGAUGUGACGUAACGAAAUACCAAAGGAAUGAAGAGUAUAACAAGUUUUUUAUAACUAUUUUGAAUCAAUACAUGAAACGCGACUUGAGUUACGACCAGAACUCUGCGCUAACCGUGAAGUACUCGCUAUUAUUGGCCGCAAUGACCCAUUUGGACGCACAAAGCAUUGCGGCGUUGAGACAAUUCUUUAACGAUAGGAAUCACAACUUCUAUGCCAUGUAUUACACGAAUCAUAUCGUUGUCCUCAACUGGUUGUUCAAUGUAUUGAAAAGCGAUCACUUCUGCGAAUACGCGUUGCGGGAGUUCUUCGAAACGAUUCCCGAGAACUACAGUCAACACGAGAAGAAAGAGAUCAUCUCUUCAUUCUUCCAACUCAUUCACACCAACGAUAAAGCGCUCCAAAUAUUGAUUCAAAUCAUUUGCGAUACGAUUACCAACGCAUCGGUUCUGGAGAUUAUUUAUAAGAUUUUGAACGAUUUCGACCAAUUCUUGGAUGAGUCCGACAUUUGCAACAAUUGGAACCUAUUUUGUAAUAAAAUUUUGGACAAUUUGCCCGCAAUUAUCAUCAGAAUUGUGGACAGAAUUAAGAAUUUAUUCAAUGAUGAUAUCAAUCCGGAAGAGGAGGAAAAGGCGAUGAAGAUGUUGGACCUGUUGUGUCGAAUGUUGUCAAAGCAUUCAGAAAUGUGUGAUUUUAAAUCAAAGCACUUGCAAUUGGAGGCACUUAUGACCAAACUGUUGGAGUUUAUUGAGAACAAUCUGUCGAGCAAUGAAGAGAAAUGCGAUGAAAUGAGACAAUUGUUGCUUCACUUACUCAACGCAUACUUCAGAACACAUAUAACUUUAACACAAAUGACUGAUUUGUUGACCCGAAUCUUUGACGGCUUGUCUUCAUUUGGAUCUGAAUUACGCAAACAUUUGGCCAGAAAUCCGUGGUUUGAGUUAAUUAUUACCAAAUAUAUUAAUGAAAAGAAAAUUUUGGACAAAGAGUUGUUUGCAUUCCUCUUAAUGUUCUUUAAAAUGGAUGUUAUUAACAGAGCUCUCACUGAUGUCACAAAUGAAUUGACCGUAAAGUAUAUCCAAUUCAUUAAUGAACCCAAAGGCAAUGGUUUCUGUGAUGAGAUCUUCCAUCAAUUCAGUGGUAGACAUCUGUUGUCGAAGUCGUUUUGGAUCAUUAAUCCAUUGGACUUCAGCAUCGAUUUCAUCGGCGGUAUCGUCGAAAUGAAAGUCGAAAUCUGUUAUUUGAAUCGUAGGCUUAUUCGCCAGAACCGGGUUUACUAUGAAUUCACGAGACAACAGUUUAAGGACUCAAAUGCCAAAGAAGUGGAAGAAUGGAAACGAUUGAAGCAAAUGAAAGACAAGGAACGGAUCAGUCGUCUCCAGAAGCAAGAAAUGGAAACAAUUAAUAAACAGUUAAUCGAUUUGAGAGAAGAAUAUCGAAGAAUCUGUGGUGAGAGAGGAAGAGCUCACAAAUGGGCGACAAUUGUGUCGAAACAGGAGACGGAAAGACAAGAGUUUGAGAAGAGGAGGAAUAAGGAUGUGAUGAAAAGGUCGACACAAUCGUUGAAUCAAUUCAUUACUCAGAAUAACGUUAAACAAAAUGAUCUCAAAAUUGAAAAAGAAAACCAAAUUUUAAAACGAAAACAAUUAAUGAAGAGUUCGUUAUAUAAGCAAAAUGUUGCCGAAGAAGACGUCCAUAUAUUAAGACAAUUACAAAGUUUACAAAAAUCUGAAGAUUUGUUGCGAGAAGUGAUUGAAAAGAAGCGAGAAGUGAGUCAUUCGGAAGAGUCUAUCGAAAGGAAUGCCGAAAGACUUUUUUGGCCAAAAAAAUUGGUCCCAAAACAAGACUUUCUUCGGACUCAAAGUGUUUCGAGUAGUAAUUUGACUGAGAAUUCGGUUCAGAAUAACGACACAAAGGAUUCGUCUGUGAAUAGAGAUGAAGAAGUGAGGGAUGAGUUGCAGAUGAGUGUCAAUACGGAAGAGUAUUUGCCGACAAGUAUUGCCAUUAAAUUGUAUGAAAGACUUAAAAAUCGCCGAAAAAAUGUGGAACAAAAAAGUGAAAAGAUAUACAGAAAUGCGGCCAUAAGUACAGACAGUCCUAUCAAAUCAGCGCUCAUUAAUGUCGACUCCAAUGACUCCGAAACGGAACAAAAUUCAAGUGAAACGAGUUGUCAAACGAGUUAUCUAUCGGUUCCGAUGCCAUCAAACAGAGCGGCCAUUGCU